AUAUUCUGGCAGUCCUGUUAACCGAUGUACUGCUGCUCUUACAAGAAAAGGACCAAAAAUACACAUUUGCAUCAGUGGACUCUAAACCACCAGUUAUCUCAUUGCAAAAGCUGAUUGUAAGAGAGGUAGCUAACGAGGAAAAGGCCAUGUUCUUAAUUAGUGCUUCCUUAAAAGGACCAGAAAUGUAUGAAAUUCACACAAGCUCGAAAGAGGAGAGGAAUUCCUGGAUGGCACACAUCCGCAGAGCUGUGGAAAGCUGUCCUGAUGAAGAAGGAGGAACAUUUAAUGAACCUGAAGCAGAGAGGAGACUGGCUGAAGCACGAGCUGCUAAGUUAAAAGAUUUUCAAGAGCGUUUGAACAUGAAAGAUGACCUGAUUAUGCAAAGUCUAACUGAGAAGCAACAGAUUUAUCUAGAAAUGUCUGAAAUGAAUGGGUUUGAAGACCAUUCCCAAGGAUCCCGAUCUAGGCUGCUUCUUCGGGGGGAUAUCUCAGAAAACCUGCAGGGAGAGGCGAUUCUGAAGUCUGCAGUGACGGAAGCUGAAAAUCUCCAGAACCUUAUCUUCACUCACUUAGGCAGUGGGUCCUGUCAGCCUGAAGAUGGCUCUGGGUCGGGACUCCCCAGGAGAGCAGAGACCUUUGGAGGAUAUGACAGUAGUCCUUCAACAUCAAAUAAAAGUGGUAGUUUUAGGAAGAAUAGUGGUGGUGACCAGAGACCAUGGGACUGGAAAGGCCCUGCAGCAAGUUCAGAUGUGCAACUCCAUGACCUCCCUUCUGAUGUAGAAGAAGGAUCCCAAACCAGUGAUGUAACGAGGCUGGAGGACAGCAGUGGUUUUCAGCCCACCAUAGAGUCUCAGCUUGUCCAAAGGAUACAAACACUGUUACAGCUGCUCUUCAGUCUUCAGGCAGUGAUAUCUCAGCAGGACAGCUACAUUGAGAUGCAACGAGCCACCAUGAUAGACCGGGAGAAGCAAUACCGGCUGCAGUCUACACGAGGCAAUCUGCUGCUAGAGCAGGAGAAACAGCGGAACUUUGAAAAGCAAAGAGAAGAACUGAUGAACGUACAGAAACUUCAGAACCAGCUGAAGCUGGAGCAGCAGCGCCUGGAACGGGAGAGGAGUCGGCAGCAGAGGGAGUUUGAAAGGACAGAAGCUCGGCUGCAGGAGCGUGAAGAGGAGACUCGGCAGCUGAGAGAGAAGUUGAAUCAAGAGAGGGAAGAACUCGAGAGGCAGCGAGAGGCCUAUCAGCAUGACCUGGAGAGACUGCGGGAAGCUCAGAGAGCAGUCGAGAAAGAGAAGGAGCGUCUAGAUCAGCUGAGGAAGCUGAAGAAGCAGAACACGGUGUCAGGCACGUUCUCCCCAGAAAUGGGACAGAACCAGAUGCUAAGUCAUUCUCUCAGCUUCAAUGGAGAAGGGGUGGAACCAUCUCUACCUGUCUCAAAAACCUCUGUGAGAGUGAGUGUCUCUGGGAUGGAUUACCUGGAACGGCCAGACUUGGUUCGUAGGGACAGUACCACCCUGGAGAACCGUCCGGUUCUUGCGUUGAAGAAUGAAGUGCCAAUCCAUCUCCUGAGUGCAACUAAUCAGAUACAGAAACCAGCUGCAGUCCAGCAGCAGAUUCCUACUAAGCUGGCCACGUUUACCAAAGGAAGCAAAGAGAAAAGUGGGAAGAACAAAGCAUCUCAUAGGACAGACAGUUCAGCAUCUGUUGAUCAGAAGCAGCUGCUCCCUCCCAGGCUUGUUGGACGAGAAGAGGGUGUCCUGAGGGGCAGACGAUCAGCAAGUCCAGUCCUCCCAAGCAGCCAGACCACUGCAUUCCAGCCAGAAUUGUAUGGCCCUACAGACGCUCAGCCAGAAGCACUUUCAUCUGCCUCAGCGAACCUGUUCAAACCCAAUAACGUUCACGUUCAGACCCUGGUGACCUCUCAGCCGAGUCUGUUAAAUGUACAAGAUGAUACCAGCAAAGAAGAUGUAAUUUUCUUCUAAUUGUUCCCAUUUAAAGAUUAAUCUCCUGACAUACUGUUUCAAGAACUCAGGCCCCAGUGUUCAACAUGACACAGACCUGACAAGGAUGUCUUUUCAUCCCUGCCCCGUUACUGCUAACAAGGACCAGACCAGGAUUACUGUUGGACUCUGGCUACUCUGCCAGCAGCU